AUUUUUUUUUUCUCGUACUAGAGACGGAGAUGAUACUGUUACGUGUUUUGCUUGUGGUGUUACUAAACAUAACUGGCUAAAAUAUGAUGACCCUCUUCAAGUUCACAAAGAUCUGAAUCCAAGAUGUAAUUUUUUAAACAAUACAUCAACGAAUGUCGGCAUCUUAGUUCCAGAGUCAGAUGAAUAUAAUAAAAUCUUGGAAACGCUGCAUAAUACAUAUUGUGGAACACACAGAAAUCACCCUGUCGAGUGUUACAUCUCAUCACCAAUAGACGAUAGCGACACUAUAGAUUUAACUUCAGAUACGUCAUUUCCAGAACAGAUGGGUACACGUCGAGAGGCAAUACCUAUCUACAGUAGUGAUUCGGAGAUCAGUAUAUCCCUCUUUAUCUUAGCAAGUUCUGCUAGAUUUGUACAAACUAUGAUAGUAGAAGAAGCAAGACUAAGAACAUUUCAAAACUGGCCAAGAUAUUUAGCUGUUAGACCGAUUGAAUUAGCACGAGUAGGAUUCUAUCAUCUUGGCUCCGCUGACCUGGUACGGUGUGCCUUCUGUGGGGGAGUUUUAAGAGAUUGGGAAGAAGCAGAAAGUUCAGUUGCUGAACACUGGAGAUAUUUUUCCAGUUGUGAAUUCUUGAGAGGAACCAACCAAUCUAAUGUUCCUAUUAUACCAAAUGAUAGUUAUAUACAUGAUUAUGUAUCAACUCAUCCACUGAGUUCUACAGAUGAAGAUGUUAGAGCAGCUCUUAAUCCACUAUCAACUAUUUUAGAUAGUGGAAAUUUGAACCUAGUUCAAAGUGAUGCACCAGCAACAGCAGAAGAUUUGGGUAUCAUCACUCAAACAGCUUCCCAACCAGAUAAAGCUAUCCUCACUACUCGGGUGGCAACAUUUGCUAAUUGGCCGAGAAGAUCACCAUUGCCCAGCAAAGAACAGAUUGCUGAAGCUGGAUUUUACUACCUUGACCGAGAAGAUGCAGUAAAAUGUUUCUUUUGUGGUGGUGUUUUAAAAUCCUGGAGAGAUGAGGAUAUCCCAUGGAAAGAACAUGCAAAAUGGUUUCCUAAAUGUGCUUAUUUACUGAGGAUCAAAGGUCAAGAAUUUGUGGACACUAUACAUCAACCUGGUACCGGUACGGCAAAGGUUGUAGGAACUAAUGGUUAUCCGGGUGUUACAGGCCAGCUUUAUAAGAACGGUUCUGAUCUGCCUAAUGCAGCUUCAGACAUGGACAGUGUCACAAUUGGACUUAGGAUUAAAAUAAAUGACGAUGUGAUGAAAACGGGACAUCCAGUUGUCACCGAUAAGAAUAAUCAUGUGCCCACUGGCACCCUGGCUGCUGCUGAAGCGGCACCAGCAAAACAGCAAGCAUCAGAAGCAGCAACUGAAGCAAGAACCGAUGCUAUUCCACAACAAGGAGAAGAAUCAUCCGAGCUACUGCGAGAAAAUGAAGAAUUGAAAGAACAGCGAUUGUGUAAAAUCUGUAUGGAUGCUGAAUCUAAUAUUGUUCUUCUUCCUUGUGGCCAUCUUGUUUCAUGUGAAUUAUGUGCCCCUGUUUUAACAAAAUGUCCGAGGUGUUGUAAAGCAGUGCGUGGAAGCGUCAAAACUUAUUUGUCAUAAACGUGGAUUUGGGGUAUGGGAAAGUAGCAUAAACAUUCUUGUAAUGCUGCAUUUAUUUAACCUGUCUGGUAAAUCGUCAACGUUUAUCUUUAUCUGGUUCCAUAUUAUGGCAUUAGUAGACUUAAUUAUCAUAUAAAUAUACAUCUGAAAAUUAGAAAUUGCUGUGGAUGAAUUUUAUAAGAGGAAAUUUGAAAUAUUUGUGUAUGUGGUAGUUAAAAAGUGUUUCACAAAAGCAUGCCCAGUUAUUACCCAGACGUGUUGAUUAAACAGAUAAUAUGUGACAUUAUGCCACAUGGUUGGACAUCAAAUCGGGUAUGUGACACUAAAAUCACAACACCAAAACUAAGUAUAUAAAAUAAUGAUUUCUGCAACAAAAUAUCAUUUAAACGUUAAAACACAUUAAAGGGAUCUACCCUGGCUAUUUCGUCCAAGCAGGCACCUAGCUACAUACUUACAGGUCAACUUUUCAGAAUUUGUUACCCUUGAAUCACAAUAUGAGACCAAAACCGUCACGAGCAUACGGUGACCGCGCUUUUUGUAUCUAUGCACCACAUCUGUGGAAUAGCCUGCCAGCCUCUCUCCGUGAUAUAGAUUUGUUCGCCUCCUUCAAAACCGCAUUGAAAACACACGUUUUUAGAAAAUUUUAUUGUUGAGGCCGCAAGAUUAUGAAAUAUGCAAUACAUUGUAAAUAUGCAACUAGAAAAAGAAAUUAUAUAACAUACUCGAGAGUUUUAUAGUAUUAGGUUAAGUUGUCUAGUUAUUGUUGAUAUUUCUUUUAAUUACUUGUAAUGUUAUUUUUAGAAUGAUUUUAUGUACUGUCUAUCAUUGAAUUAUACACUAGGUAAUUACUAUAUUGAUGUAAAGCGGUUUGAGAUGCUUUUAUGUAAAUCGCUAUAUUAAAAAUAAAUCAUUAUCAUUAUCAUUGUA